UAGGAGGCGGGGUGGCCACAAUUUCGCGCCAAGCUCGGCGGGCCGAAUCCCGGUUUGGUGAGCUAGCUGGGAGGUGUUUACAGCCGCUGUCAUGGUUCGUACGCUAAACUGCAUCGCCGCUGUGUCCCAGAACAUGGGCAUCGGCAAGAACGGGGACCUGCCGUGGCCCCCGCUCAGGAACGAAUUCAAGUUUUUCCAAAGAAUGACCACAACUUCCUCAGUAGAAGGUAAACAGAAUUUGGUAAUUAUGGGGAGGAAGACAUGGUUCUCUAUUCCCGAGAAGAAUCGACCUUUAAAGGACAGAAUUAAUUUAGUUCUCAGCAGAGACCUCAAGGAACCUCCACAAGGAGCUCAUUUUCUUGCCAAAAGUCUGGAUGAUGCCUUAAAACUUAUUGAGCAACCAGAAUUAGCAAAUAAAGUGGACAUGGUUUGGGUAGUAGGAGGCAGUUCUGUUUAUAAGGAAGCCAUGAACAAAACAGGCCAUCUUAGACUAUUUGUGACAAGGAUUAUGCAGGAAUUUGAAAGUGACACAUUUUUUCCAGAAAUUGAUUUGGAGAAAUACAAACUUCUGCCAGAAUACCCAGGUGUUCUAUCUGAUGUCCAGGAGGAGAAAGGCAUUAAGUACAAAUUUGAAGUAUAUGAGAAGAACGAUUAAUGUGAAGAUGUUUUCUGAUUUAUUUCAAGUUAGUUGCUCCCCCUGCCCUCCAAACAAUUCUAUAUUUUAAUAUUAGGAAAAAAAGACUUUUGUUGACUUCAGGUCAAUGGAUAAUUAUUUCUAAGCAAUGAGAUUUUAUUAAUCUUAAUUAGGCCAAGUUAAGAUUAAUCUUAACUAGACCAUAUCAGAUACCAUUUGUGAAACAUUUCUUGCUGUAACUGUGUGUUGCCCGUCAAGGACCAGCACCUGCCUAGGGUAGCAUAUCUAUCAAGAGCCUAAGUGAGACAGUCCCCUGAUAGCAUAAGUUGAAACCAGGAUUUACAAAGAUAGAACUAGACAGAUUUGUCCAAAGGUCAGAAAUGGAUUAUAAAUAGAAGAGCUAGAACUCAGAUAUUAUAAGAAAAUUAGAUCAAAAGAGGAACUUUGAGUUCUCUAUGCAUAUUACACUUCUGAAAAAAAGUUCUGUUCACUCAGACAGGGAAUCUGGUAAGUUGAGAACUCUGAUAUAUUCCAUAGGGAUAGUAAAGAGGCAGGUAGGACGCUACCUUUUUGAAGGUUAAAAGAGAAAGUCUGAGACCUAACAACUCUGUUUCCGAUCUCCAGUGAGAUUCCAUGGGAUGUUACAAUGAUAGAAGAACAAUAGGCUGUUCUAUACAAAAAAGAGUAAUCUAAUAACAAGCAUAUGGCUAAAAUUAGAAAUUAAAAACGUAAUGAACUGAAAACGGAUAAAGCUAGAAACCAAAAUUACAAAGCUGGAAACUAAACUUCACUGAAUUAAAAAAUGAAACUUAAAACACAUUUACCCAUCAUGUUAGCAAAGAUGUGGAUUGUUAAGUAUCCAAAGAAAUAGCAUUUUUUGCUUGUAAAUUAAUGCAACCUUUUUAGAGUUUAAGUUAGGAAUAUCAAUUAAAAUUCAGAAUAUUCUAGGUUUGGACCCAGAGCUUCCACUCCUAGAAAUUAAUCCUGAAUAAAGAGAUGGACCCAAGAAUAUUUGUUGCACUACUUUUUUAACUUGGAAAUAGCCCAAAUGACAAUCAAUAAAGAAAUAACUAAUCA